AUGUUGGAGUGUAUUGGUGCCGGUGUGGGUAACACGGCUGCACACAUUACGGAUUUCGUGAACUACUUCAGGAACAGUGUGCUUAACCGUACGCUGAUGGCGAACAUGGCCAAGGAAGGCAUUUCUGUGCCGUCACCGGAUCUGCCUGAGAUGAUUUACACGGAGAAGCGUGCAGCCGAUUCCAAGACGCAGAUGAAGUUUGUGGUGUGGCGUUUUAUUCAAAUGUACUGGCGUACGCCCAGCUACAGCUUGACACGCAUGUACUUGGCGUUAGUCCUUGCCAUGAUGUUCGGUCUUAUCUUCGUGGACGUGGACUACGCUUCGUACUCUGGUCUCAACUCGGGUGUUGGCAUGGUGUUCGUGGCUGCACUGUUCCAGGCCAUGAUGACGUUUCAAAGUGUUCUCCCGUUGGCCUGUUCCGAGCGUGCUUCAUACUACCGCGAGCGCGCGGCUCAGACUUACAACGCGCUGUGGUAUUUCGUUGGAUCGACGCUAGCUGAGAUCCCGUACUGCUUCAUCAGUGGAGCUCUCUUUACGGUCGUCUACUACCCUUUUGUUGGCUUUACGGGCUUUGGAACCGGUGUGCUCUUCUGGCUGGCUAUUUCGCGUAUGGUGUUGAUGCAAGUUUACAUGGGUAUGAUGUUCGCCUACGCGAUGCCUUCGGAGGAAGUGGCCGCUAUCAUCGGAUUGUUAUUUAAUGCAAUUUGUAUGAUGUUUAUGGGCUUUAGCCCUCCGGCGUACUCCAUUCCGUCGGGCUACACGUGGCUCUACAAGAUCUCACCACUGAGAUUUCCACUAUCGAUCAUGGAGGCUCUGGUUUUCGCCGAUUGCGAUGAAUUGCCUACCUGGAACAACGCUACGCAGUCGUACGAGAACGUUGGCUCCCAAUUAGGCUGCCAACCGAUGGCGGACUCGCCUGCGACGGUCGGCCACAUCACGAUCAAGGAGUACACGGAGCAAUACUUUGGCUUCGAGCACGACGACAUCACGCGCUAUUUCUUCGUGGUCAUCGGGUGCAUCAUUCUGUUCCGAAUCCUCGGUCUCAUUGCGCAGCGCUACGUCAACCACCAGAAGCGGUAA